GGGCUCCGCCCCCUCCCGUUUCCUGGCGCCGGGGCCCGCAUGGCUGCCGGCACGCGCCCGGCGGCCGCACCGCGGUCCAGAGCUACCAUGGCCCAGUGGAAGAAGAAGAAGGGGCUCCGGAAGCGCCGGGGUGCGGCGUCCCAGUCCCACAGCAGCGACUCGGAGGACGGCGAGUUUGAGAUCCAGGCAGAAGAUGACGCCCGGGCCCAGAAGCUGGGACCUGGCAGACCCCUACCCACUUUCCCCACCUCGGAAUGCACCUCGGACGUGGAGCCAGACACGCGGGAGAUGGUGCGAGCUCAGAACAAGAAGAAGAAGAAAUCAGGAGGCUUCCAGUCCAUGGGCCUGAGCUACCCAGUCUUCAAAGGCAUCAUGAAGAAGGGCUACAAGGUGCCGACACCCAUCCAGAGGAAGACCAUCCCAAUGAUCCUGGACGGCAAGGAUGUGGUGGCAAUGGCCCGGACGGGCAGUGGCAAGACCGCCUGCUUCCUCAUCCCCAUGUUCGAGCGGCUCAAGACCCACAGCGCCCAGACUGGGGCCCGUGCCCUCAUCCUCUCGCCCACCCGAGAGCUGGCCCUGCAGACCAUGAAGUUCACCAAGGAGCUUGGCAAGUUCACUGGCCUCAAGACUGCCCUGAUCCUGGGUGGGGACAAGAUGGAAGACCAGUUUGCAGCCUUGCACGAAAAUCCUGACAUAAUCAUCGCUACCCCUGGGCGCUUGGUGCAUGUGGCUGUGGAGAUGAACCUGAAGCUGCAGAGUGUGGAGUAUGUGGUAUUCGAUGAGGCCGACAGGCUCUUUGAAAUGGGCUUCGCAGAGCAGCUCCAGGAAAUCAUCGGCCGCCUCCCAGGGGGCCACCAGACUGUCCUGUUCUCUGCCACACUGCCCAAGCUGCUGGUGGAGUUCGCCCGAGCUGGCCUGACGGAGCCCGUGCUCAUCCGGUUAGAUGUGGACUCUAAACUCAACGAGCAGCUCAAGACCUCCUUCUUCCUGGUGCGGGAGGAUGCCAAGGCCGCUGUGCUGCUCCACCUGCUGCGCAACGUGGUGCGGCCCCAGGACCAGACGGUCGUGUUUGUGGCCACCAAGCACCACGCGGAGUAUCUCAGCGAGCUGCUGGCGACCCAGGGGGUGAGCUGUGCCCACAUCUACAGCGCCCUGGACCAGACGGCCCGCAAGAUUAACCUGGCCAGGUUCACGCAUGGCAAGUGCUCGGCUCUCAUCGUGACUGACCUGGCCGCCCGGGGCCUGGACAUCCCACUGCUGGACAACGUCAUCAACUACAGCUUCCCCGCCAAGGGCAAGCUCUUCCUGCACCGCGUGGGUCGUGUGGCCCGGGCCGGCCGAAGUGGCACGGCCUACUCCUUGGUGGCCCCCGACGAGGUCCCCUACCUACUGGACCUACACCUGUUCCUGGGCCGUGCUCUGACCCUUGCCCGUCCCCCUGAGGAGCCCUCAGGCACGAAAGGCGGGGACGGCGUACUGGGCCGGGUGCCGCAGGGUGUGGUGGAUGACGAGGACUGCGGCCUGCGGACCAGCCUGGAGGCAUCGCUGGAGCUGCGGGGCCUGAGCCGCGUGGCCGACAAUGCCCAGCAGCAGUAUGUGCGCUCACGGCCGGCGCCCUCGCCCGAGUCCAUCAAGAGGGCCAAGGAGCUGGACCUCGCCGGGCUGGGCCUACACCCGCUCUUCAGCUCUCACUUCCAGCAGGAGGAGCUGCAGCGGCUCAGGCUGGUGGACAGCAUCAGGAACUACCGCUCCCGGGCGACCAUCUUUGAGAUCAACGCCUCCAGCCGCGACCUGAGCAGCCAGGUGAUGCGCGCCAAGCGGGAGAAGGACCGCAAAGCCAUCGCCAGCUUCCAGCAGGGACGGCAGGAGCGGCAGGAGGGCCCGGCAGGCCCAGCCCCGAGCCUCCCAGCACCGCAGGAGGAGCAGCCUGAGAAGGAGGAGGUGGCGGGAGAGAGUGUAGAGGACCUCUUCACGGAAGUUGUCGGCCGGAAGCGACAGCAGCCAGGACCCCACCGGGGAGCCAAGAGGCGGAGGGAGGAGGCCCGGCAGCGGGACCAGGCGUUCUACAUCCCCUACCGGCCCAAGGAUUUUGACAGCGAGCGGGGCCUGAGCAUCGGUGGGGACGGGGGCGCCUUCGAGCAGCAGGUGGCUGGUGCAGUGCUGGACCUGAUGGGAGACGAAGCCCAGAGCCUGACCAGGGGCCGGCAGCAGCUCAAGUGGGACCGGAAGAAGAAGCGGUUUGUGGGACAGUCAGGACAAGAGGACAAGAAAAAGAUCAAGACCGAGAGUGGCCGCUACAUCAGCAGCUCCUACAAGCGGGACCUCUAUCAAAAGUGGAAACAGAAACAGAAAAUCGAUGAUCGUGACUCAGAAGAAGAAGGAACUUUUGACCGCCGUGGCCCAGAGCGAAGAGGUGGGAAGCGCGGCCGAGGGCAAGCAGGUGCAUCCCAGCCCCGCACCCCUGGCACCCCCGCGGGCCGCGUGCGCUCAGAGCUCAAGACCAAGCAGCAGAUCCUGAAGCAGCGGCGCCGAGCCCAGAAGAUGCGCUUCCUGCAGCGUGGGGGCCUGAAGCAGCUCUCUGCCCGCAACCGGCGCCGCGCCCAGGAGCUGCAGCAGGGCGCCUUUGGCCGGGGUGCCCCUUCCAAGAAGGGCAAGAUGAGGAAGAGGAUGUAAGAAGGUGACACAGCCCCGCGAUUCCUCCGUUGGUCCAGGCGUGGGCAUCAGCAGCUUCCCCAUGUACCGCUGUGUGCCUGGCCCUGAGUUGGGUGCUGGGGGAGCUCCCUUGGUCCAUGCAAAGGAGUGCCACACAGCCACAGAGGGGCAGCAGCUGCCUCUGCCUAAGACAGGGCACAUUUGAGUAGGGUGUUGAAGGGUUCAUAGGAGUUUUCCAGGUAGGCCACAACCUGAGCUGGCACCUCAGCUGCUGCUGCUUUUCGUGCUGCUGUUUUUCGGUUUCCCAGAUUCAGAGGUAGUGGCCCCAUGGGUUUGAGCCCUGAGUGCCUGAGGCCCAGUGAUGUAUUUUUAAUGUAAUAAACCUUUAUUGAGCACCUCCA